CUAAGACACUACACUGCUUUACUUACCGUUCCAACUAUGGCUCCGAUAGCCACCUACGUGUUCUUUGAUCUCGAAACAACCGGUCUCCCCAGUGAGGAAUUUAACAAAACAAAAAUAACCGAAUUGUGUAUGGUGGCAGUGAAACGUGAACAUGUACUUGACACCCCGCCCGGUCACGUGCCCAGGGUACUCCACAAGCUUACGCGAUGCUUCAACCCGGGCAAGAGGAUCUCAGAGCGCAGCUCCGACCUCACCGGGCUCGAUAACUUCCUUCUAGAACACGAGAGCUACUUUGACAUCACAAUUUUCGACAUGAUCAACAAUUUCCUAAAAACUUUGACCAAGCCUGUGUGUCUUGUUACUCACAACGGCCGUAAUUUCGACUUUCCUAUACUAAAACGACAGUUGGACAUGCUAAAUGUGAAAUUUUCUGAUGAUAUUUUAUGUGCUGAUUCACUAGACGCCUUUAGUGAUAUUUUGGAAGAGAAAAAAGCCGAGAUUACAGUUUUGGACGCUGAAAAGGAUGAAGUUGAUUUGGCCGCUGAUAAUUGCUUGUCUAUGCAGUCUGUGAAUGAAACAACGCCAAGACAAAAGCUGAUACUGAAACGGCCACAUAACGCUGGUAAAGCGAAGCAGAGACUCCCAUUUAGCGAGAAGAGACUUAAAGACAGUUACAAACUAUCGGGCAUUUACGAGAGAGUGGUAGGCCGCACGGCUGUUGAGGCUCACAGAGCAGAGACUGAUUGCAUGCUGUCAUUGGAGAUUGCUGCAGUACUCUCCAAGGAGUUCGCCUCAUGGGUUGACACUCAUCAUCGUCAGUUUUCUGAAGUGUCCCCAAUGACCCCUGGAAUAAAGAUUGGUUCCUAAAUGAUAAGCUUUUGUGGUGUGCAAAUUGCAACAUUUGAAGGUAUUGCAGAUGUGUGCAUAGUAGGUCCAGUGCUUCAGGGUCCAAUGAUGUAAUUUUAAUAAAUUUGUUAGUGCCCAUAGUUUUCAUGAUAAUGUUUAAGAUUUUUUGUCAACAUAUAAUUUUUUUAAUAAUUUUAUUUGAUAACUGAAAGAUUUUAUCAGGACAUGAUUGUAAACUAUGCUUGUCACACAUUUUUAAAUGUUUAUGUAUAAGACUGACAUACACAAGUGAAAUUAUGACUAUUCACGCUCAACUCUGCCUACACCUACCAUACUUUCUAUGCAUUCAUUUUAUGUUAACCUGUAAAAAUAUUUGGUAAGGUGUAUUCGGGUAAUUCCAAGUACUUCAGAAUGUAGGGAUUCCGAAAAUCAUUAAAAAUGCCAUUAAAUUAGAGUCCAUUUUAAUUAUUGUUGUACAAUAUGAAGUAUUCGGAAUUACUAAAUGUAUUCUUAGCAUUACAUACUUACUUAUUCUAGGCCAGGGCAUAUACUCUUUUGUAUUAGUGUUUUUCAUGACAGUUUUCUCAAAUGUUUCGUUUGAAAUGAUAUUAUUAGAUUUAUUUUGAAUAUUUUUAUUGUUUUAAUGUAUUUCAUUGCUAAAGAUUGCUCAUAUAAAGUCAUGUCUUAAACACAGAUUUUUGUAUUUAAUUUUAUAUUUACU